GAGUAUUGUACUAGUAGUACUAGAGAGUGAUUCCUAAGCCUAGAUCAGAGUCUGUGUAUCAUGCCUACUGCAGCCUUAGUCAAGCAGGUCCUUUCACUAGCUACUUUUGUGAUACUUCUAGUGUCACUAGGAGCUACUGGUACUUCUCUUGGUCUCCUUCAGGCUAAUCUUCCUAUUCAAUCUGCAUAUGGGAAAGCAUGUUUUUUCUUCAUUAAUUAUUCUCAAGCUAUUUCCCUCAUUGAGUCAGAGACCCCAGAUUUCAAAUUUAAUAUGCCCACUUGUAAGUUGAGUAUAGCAAGUGCUACCAUUGCUACAAUAUGUCUGGUUCUGCUAACUGCCAUUGAGCUAAUCAGUGUUUUAUAUCAAAUAAAUGUCAAAACGUUGAUUGCUAACAUUAUUCAAGUUGGAUUCUUUGUUGGUUCUAUUUUGUUUCUAUUCAUUACCAUGGUUGUGGUUUCAGCUGGUUGGGGAAAAACAUGUGCUACAUUCAAAAAUAUAACAAAAGCACAAGAUUAUGGGCCUAGCUUUAAAUUUAAAUGCACUGAACAACUGCAAAAGCAAACUGAUUCUCCCUACAGACCAAAUGGAGCAGAAUUCAUAGGAGCUGCUGUAUGUGCUGGUGUUGGUACUCUGUUUACUAUUGUAGCUCUUGGUCUCUUUAUUGUGAAGCAGAUGAAGUCAAAAGAUGAUUAUAAACCUCUAAAUGUCCAAAAUGAGUGAACUUUAACUAACUUAACUAGCUGCUGUGCACAUUGCAUUGUUGAUGUUAUAGUUUUAGUGUGUAGCAUGUAGUUUCUGAAGUAUAGUUGUCAUUGUCUCUUA